GCAGUCGGAAGUUGCCAGAGCAGAGCCCAGCCGGCCGGCCCGACCGGCCUUCGUCGUCCCCCGGCGCCCUCGGAGAGUCGCUGACGGGUGGACGGACCGACCGCCUGAGAAUAGCCGGCCUGGGCAGCAAAAGCGCCGGCACUAUGGCGCGGGUAGCGUGAGGCGGAAGGCCGAGCGCGGCCGGCGGCGGCGGCGGCGGCGCCCGCCCUAGCGAUGCGGGCCCCGCCCGUCGCCUCAGGUGCCAUUUGGAUAGUCCUUUAGCGGCACGAUGUACUCUGAGUGGAGGUCACUGCAUUUGGUGAUUCAGAAUGAUCAGGGCCACACGAGUGUGCUGCACAGCUAUCCAGAGAGCGUUGGGCGAGAGGUGGCAAAUGCAGUGGUGCAUCCCCUUGGGCAGGCCUUAGGUACCCCUUCAGUGGCUGGUAGUGAGAGUUUGUUAAAAACUGACAAAGAAGUGAAAUGGACUAUGGAAGUAAUUUGCUAUGGACUGACCCUUCCACUGGAUGGAGAGACUGUAAAAUAUUGUGUUGAUGUAUAUACAGAUUGGAUUAUGGCUUUAGUAUUGCCGAAAGAUUCUAUUCCAUUGCCAGUUAUUAAAGAGCCUAAUCUAUAUGUUCAAAGUAUACUAAAACACCUGCAAAAUCUUUUUGUACCGAGACAGGAACAGGGCUCCAGUCAGAUCCGACUAUGCUUACAGGUCCUGAGAGCCAUUCAGAAACUGGCCCGUGAGUCAUCCAUCAUGGCACGAGAAACAUGGGAAGUCUUACUGUUGUUUCUUCUGCAGAUUAAUGACAUACUUCUAGCCCCGCCAACUGUUCAAGGUGGCAUUGCUGAGAAUCUAGCAGAGAAGUUGAUUGGUGUUCUCUUUGAGGUUUGGUUACUAGCUUGUACUCGGUGCUUUCCAACACCACCUUAUUGGAAAACAGCCAAGGAGAUGGUGGCGAACUGGAGGCACCACCCUGCAGUAGUGGAGCAGUGGAGCAAAGUCACCUGUGCACUCACUUCAAGAUUGCUACGCUUUACGUAUGGUCCUUCAUUUCCUCCAUUUAAAGUUCCUGAUGAAGAUGCCAGUCUGAUCCCUCCUGAAAUGGAUAACGAGUGUGUAGCACAGACAUGGUUUCGCUUCUUACAUAUGUUAAGUAAUCCCGUGGAUUUGAGUAACCCGGCCAUUAUAAGCUCUACUCCCAAAUUUCAGGAACAGUUCUUAAACGUUAGCGGAAUGCCACAAGAAUUGAAUCAGUAUCCCUGCCUUAAACACCUGCCUCAAAUAUUUUUUCGUGCCAUGCGUGGGAUCAGCUGUCUGGUGGAUGCAUUCUUAGGCAUUUCUAGACCCCGAUCAGACAGUGCUCCUCCAACACCUGUGAAUAGAUUAAGUAUGCCUCAAAGCACUGCUGUGAGUACCACCCCACCACAUAACCGGAGGCACCGGGCUGUUACUGUGAAUAAGGCCACCAUGAAGACAAGCACAGUUAGUACUGCUCAUGCCUCGAAAGUUCAGCACCAGACAUCAUCCACCUCUCCACUCUCAAGUCCCAAUCAGACUAGUUCUGAACCCCGGCCACUGCCUGCCCCUCGGAGACCAAAGGUUAACAGCAUCUUGAAUCUCUUUGGAUCAUGGUUAUUUGAUGCAGCAUUUGUUCACUGUAAACUUCAUAAUGGGAUAAACAGAGACAGCAGCAUGACUGCAUCUUUUAUCCAAAUUCUUCUUUCUUAUAAAUCUUCCAUUACAACACAAGCUAGCAUGGAGUUUCGACGGAAAGGGUCACAAAUGUCCACAGACACCAUGGUUUCCAAUCCCAUGUUUGAUGCAAGUGAAUUUCCUGAUAACUAUGAAGCAGGAAGAGCUGAGGCUUGUGGGACACUGUGUAGGAUUUUUUGUAGCAAGAAGACUGGAGAAGAGAUUCUGCCAGCUUAUUUAUCCAGAUUUUACAUGCUUUUAAUUCAAGGUUUGCAGAUAAAUGAUUAUGUGUGCCAUCCUGUCUUGGCCAGCGUUAUUCUAAACUCCCCUCCUUUGUUCUGCUGUGACUUGAAAGGGAUUGAUGUUGUGGUUCCUUACUUUAUUUCAGCUCUUGAAACCAUUUUGCCUGACAGAGAGCUCUCAAAAUUCAAAAGCUAUGUAAAUCCAACAGAAUUGAGAAGAUCUUCCAUUAAUAUCCUCCUUUCUUUGUUGCCCCUCCCUCAUCAUUUUGGCACAGUCAGAUCUGAGGUGGUCCUGGAAGGAAAGUUUAGUAAUGAUGACAGCUCUUCAUAUGAUAAACCAGUAACUUUUUUGUCCCUGAAGUUGCGACUUGUGAAUAUACUAAUAGGUGCCUUGCAAACAGAAACGGACCCCAACAACACUCAGAUGAUACUAGGGGCAAUGUUAAAUAUUGUUCAAGAUUCAGCACUUUUAGAAGCCAUUGGUUGCCAAAUGGAGAUGGGUGGUGGAGAGAAUAACCUGAAGAGUCACAGUCGCACUAAUAGUGGUAUUAGUUCGGCAAGUGGUGGAAGCACAGAGCCCACAACUCCUGACAGCGAAAGACCUGCUCAGGCUCUCCUCAGGGAUUAUGGAUCGACAGCUCUUAAUACAGAUUCAGCUGCUGGGCUCCUGAUUCGCAGCAUUCAUCUUGUCACCCAAAGACUCAACUCCCAGUGGCGCCAAGACAUGAGCAUAUCACUGGCAGCUCUAGAGCUCCUCUCUGGCCUGGCAAAGGUGAAGGUGAUGGUUGACUCUGGAGACCGGAAGCGAGCCAUCAGUUCCGUGUGCAGCUACAUUGUGUACCAGUGUAGUCGGCCAGCUCCUCUUCACUCCCGGGAUCUGCACUCCAUGAUAGUAGCAGCUUUUCAGUGUCUCUGUGUCUGGCUGACAGAGCACCCUGAUAUGCUUGAUGAAAAGGACUGUCUUAAGGAGGUAUUGGAGAUUGUGGAACUGGGUAUUUCAGGAAGUAAGUCCAAGAACAGUGAGCAAGAGGUCAAGUACAAAGGAGAUAAGGAGCCAAAUCCUGCGUCUAUGAGGGUAAAGGAUGCUGCAGAAGCCACCCUAACAUGUAUUAUGCAGUUGCUUGGAGCAUUUCCUUCACCCAGUGGUCCUGCCUCUCCUUGUAGUCUGGUGAAUGAGACCACUUUGAUUAAAUACUCCAGACUGCCAACCAUAAACAAGCAUAGUUUCCGGUACUUUGUCUUGGAUAACAGUGUCAUCCUGGCAAUGCUGGAGCAACCUCUUGGAAAUGAACAGAAUGAUUUUUUCCCCUCUGUCACUGUGCUGGUCCGGGGAAUGUCUGGAAGACUUGCUUGGGCACAACAACUUUGCCUUUUACCCAGAGGAGCAAAAGCAAAUCAGAAGCUUUUUGUACCUGAACCUCGUCCAGUUCCUAAAAAUGAUGUUGGAUUUAAAUAUACUGUCAAACAUCGACCAUUUCCUGAAGAGGUGGAUAAGAUUCCUUUUGUGAAAGCAGAUCUGAGCAUUCCAGAUUUGCAUGAAAUUGUCACUGAAGAAUUGGAAGAAAGACAUGAAAAAUUAAGGAAUGGCAUGACCCAGCAGAUUGCUUAUGAAGUACACCUUGAACAACAAAGUGAGGAAGAGCUGCGGAAGAGACGUUUUCCUGAUCCAGUUACGGAUUGUAAGCCUCCACCUCCUGCCCAGGAAUUCCAAACAGCACGCCUCUUCCUUUCUCACUUUGGAUUUUUGUCCUUAGAAGCACUGAAGGAACCUGCAAAUAGUCGCCUACCUCCUCACCUUAUUGCACUUGACUCCACGAUACCUGGAUUUUUUGAUGACAUUGGGUAUCUGGAUCUCUUGCCAUGUCGUCCCUUUGACACAGUUUUUAUUUUCUAUAUGAAACCAGGUCAGAAAACCAACCAGGAGAUUUUAAAGAAUGUGGAAUCUUCCAGAAAUGUUCAGCCACAUUUCCUAGAAUUUUUGCUUUCCCUUGGCUGGUCAGUAGAUGUGGGCAGACACCCGGGUUGGACUGGGCAUGUUUCCACCAGUUGGUCUAUUAACAGUUGUGAUGAUGGUGAAGGACAUGAACGAGAUGAAGUUAUUUCUUCUGAAGACGUUGGGGCUAGCAUUUUCAAUGGACAGAAGAAGGUGCUGUAUUAUGCCGAUGCCCUUACGGAAAUAGCUUUUGUAGUUCCUUCUCCUGUGGAGUCCUUAACUGAUUCUUUGGAAAGUAACAUCUCGGACCAAGAUAGUGAUUCAAAUAUGGAUCUUAUGCCUGGAAUUCUAAAACAGCCAUCCCUGACACUUGAGCUUUUCCCUAAUCACACAGACAAUCUUAAUUCCUCACAGCGGCUUAGUCCCAGUUCCAGAAUGAAGAAGCUGCCUCAGGGUCGCCCUGUGCCUCCCCUUGGACCUGAGACAAGAGUUUCUGUAGUCUGGGUGGAGCGCUAUGAUGAUAUAGAAAACUUUCCCCUCUCAGACCUGCUGACAGAGAUCAGUACUGGUGUGGAAACUACUGCAAACAGUAGCACUUCUCUGAGAUCUACCACUCUUGAAAAAGAAGUUCCUGUCAUCUUUAUCCACCCUUUAAACACUGGAUUAUUCCGGAUAAAAAUUCAAGGAGCCACUGGAAAAUUUAACAUGGUCAUCCCGCUUGUGGAUGGGAUGAUUGUCAGCAGGCGAGCACUUGGUUUUCUGGUAAGGCAGACUGUAAUUAAUAUUUGUAGAAGAAAGAGACUGGAGAGUGACUCCUACAGUCCACCACAUGUCCGCCGGAAACAGAAAAUCACAGACAUCGUCAACAAGUACCGGAAUAAGCAGCUGGAGCCAGAGUUUUAUACUUCACUUUUCCAGGAGGUUGGACUCAAGAACUGCACUUCUUAGACACUGUCUGUCUAGGACUUUUGAACUCCAGUUUGGGGCUAUGAUAUCAGAGCAAAACAAUUGGAUAGGUGAUCACUGUAAAAAGAAAAACCAGUCACUCCCCAAGAGCUUACUGUUUAAUCACCAGAAUAGAAGAAACACAUUAUAAACCCAUUUGAUAGAAGACUUUUGGCUUUCUAGUGAAAUGGGCUCCCAGACACAAUCAUAUUCCUGCUGGUAAUGAUGAUAUACAUUUUAGCCAUAAACUUUCUUUUAAAAGUGACAAUUUUAGUUAAAUAUAAGCCUUUUGAGGAGAAAGGCUUCCUGCAUCUCAGUUAAACACGUGCAUUGGUAGUAUCAAAUUUGCAAAUUAGAAGUUGAAGAUAGUUUUAUACUUCACUUUUUAGGAGGUUAUGUUCAGAAUUAAAAUCUGUCUCAGAAUCUUCCGGGACAUUCAAAGACUCAUGCUGAUAAUAGCAUGGAGGAAAAGGAAAGAAAUCUCAGCUUUCUGCUCACUUGUAAGUUCAUUUGUCGUCCAGCUGUCCAACUGACAGAAAUGAGCAUAAAUGUGUUUUGUUUGGGUAAGAAGCCUGACAUUAAAAUAUUUCAUGUUUCCUCUCCACAUUUCACAAAGUUAUCGUCCUCAUUACUGCACAGAUCUAUCUGAAGGCCUCAGUUUCUGGGCAGCCCAGGAGCAGAUCUACAUUGGAGGCAUGGCUCUGUCCUUUAAAGGGGA